AUGAAUUUCACGAGGAAGCAAACAUAUGAGUGCUACCUUUGGGAAGGCCAGGUCGUAUCCAAGCCGCGCAACCUACCAGCACUGUCCCCCACGCAUGCGCGAGUGCCGGACGAGGGAACGCUUCCGAUCGAACUCACGAUCACGCAGAGGCCGUCGCAGGUAUACCCCUACAUACCAAUGUGUCUACGAGACAUGGACGACGUGAAGGACCCCAUCCUUGGCACGCUAUCGCUUCUGCCGACUGCCAUUGUUGGCGUUAACGGUAGCAUGCAGCUCGCGAACGACAUUAUCGUGCAGUGGAUUGACUUGGAGUUCCGGCUGAUAGCCAUUCGCGAUGCUCUCCUCAAGCACAGCGCGGAUGGGACUAGGCCUCUGCAGUACAGGUCCUGCCGUCUUCCGACAUCGUGCGGGUACCGCUGCAAGUUCCGCACGCGCAACGCUGUGUGGAAGGUUGCUGCGCAUACCAGGGACGCUUUCGCCAUUCUCAUCGGCGAGUGUUAUUACUUGGCUAUCAUGAAUCCGUGCGUGUUGGACAACAGCGGCUACAUUCACGAGGGCACUUUUCGCGAAAUGCUCAUAAACAGCGAUAUCGAUAUUCAUCCCGCCUGGGUCUCCCACUUCGUCAGCGUCGUUCUUCGCAAACCUGUCGCAGGUGUAUUAGCUUCGAUGUUGGACUUCGAGCACUGCUUCUGGCUCGCGAGGCUUAUCCACGUCGCUCCUGUUUACAUCUGGUGGGGCACCCUGGAGACGACUAUGAAGGUGGUUGACGGUGAUCGCCGUCUACCUGCUGUCCUACGGAAGUUCGUGCCGUCUGCAGAAGACGUCAAGCGCCUAUCUGAUGGGUCUGCACACGAGGUGCAAAAGGACGCCGGCCCACCCACUUCGCAGGGUCACUUCGAGACAUACGACGCUUUCAUCCGUCGUAGAAGGGAAUGGUACGAGCGUACUGCUCGCUUCGUUCUUCCUAGUCGCGGACAUGUCGGGAUCAUCCAGGCGUUCGAAUGGAUCCAGGAUAGCACUGGCGCAAUGAGGAGGGAGCCCGUGCCUGCGCAUCUCUUCCACGCUGCGAUGAAUUGGUACGAAGACACGGAGAAGAUGUUCGACCAUACGCGGUCGGAAUGGGAUCUCUGCUGGCACCAGUACCAGACAAAGGUGGAGAUGUUUUCUACGACGAUAGGCGUGGUUCAUCACGAGAGCGAGGGGGGGGGAGAGGACCUGCGGUUGCCUGAUAGGAUGCUUCCGGACAUGGAGUCACUUGGUUUGACGGAGGAGCACCAGCGCAGCCGUUUGUGCUGGACGGCGAACGCGUUAGUGCGUAUCUCAGUCGAUAUCGAGGUCGCCCUUGCGAUGCGGUACGGGUAUAGGACAUUCAUGGACGUCAACGGUCCGCAAGUGACGCAGCCGAAAGAGAAGACGAUACCGUGGCUUGUUGGAGAAGGCAUGCGAGCGUCGGUACCUCUCAAUCCGACGGUUAAUAUGCCAGACGACAUCAACCACCUCCGUUUAUUCGCGCAGACACUGUCGCGUGCCGCGAAGGGGGAAGAGCCACCUGAGUAUGCUUCACUCGUUGUGGAUUUGUUCUGUGAUCAAUCGUGGCGAGCGUGGGCGGACGAUGCAUCCGCUCCGUUUUCCGUCUGCACUGUUCACGAUCAAGGGAACUUCCAGGCAUAUGCAUUCUCGUUCGCGCAGGAGCUGUCGCCGCCAUACACUGUGGCGACGUAUGAUCCUGCUGUUGCUCUAAUGCUUCAACGCAUGGCUGCAGACAUUCAUUCGCAGGAGCAGCUGGCGGCGAGGGCUCUUGAUCUCGGUUGCUCAAUUCUUCUUCUGCGUCGUAUCUCCGAGGACAAGGAGAGCGGAAGUGAUGAGGAGGAAGAUGAUGUCGAGGACGCGGAUGCGGAGGACACGUCGGAGGAUGAUGAAGAUUACGAUGGUGAUCCAUGGACGACAAAAGAUACUUUGCUCAGCACGCAUGUGUCAAACGAAACGGAGAACUCGUCGACGUCGCAUAGCGCUCGUGGUCUUGACAUUCCACCUCAUCUCGACGCAUCGUCCCGGCGACCACAAGAGCCAGUCACAAGGCCAACGAAGCCAAGUGGUCACAAAGCCAGGAAUGUGAAGAAAGGUGCCAUUCGUCCUCUCAGAGUGGGACCCGCACCUGGCUUGGGAUGGCGAGAAUAUGGCUAUAGGUUUGACCACGUUGACGUUGGGGAUUAUCUGAGGUGCCGGCGUGAGUAUUUCACCGUCGAGCGCGCGUCCGCCAUGUGGAGACGCGGAGGAAUAUUAGGCAGACUCGCGCAGGACCUGUAUUCGAGGAGGGACAUGUUGUCAGCGGUCGGCCAGUCGGUGUCGUCGAAGCGUCCUUUGUCCAUCUUCGUCUUCCAGGAUGGGAGCAAGUGGGGGGACGAUAUGUUGACGGAGAAGGCGGAAAAUGUGAUGAUAGGAGCAUUCUUUGCGGCGAACAGCCCUGUCGACCGCUUCAACACGCGAAAGGUGUCGUUCUGGCCCACGGAAGCGGUGUUCGGAAGGAAAGGACCGAAAUGUGGUGUUUGGACACGCGAUGCAGAGGAGUGGUAUACGCAACGCAGGGAGAUGCUGCACGGCGCAGGUCAGCAGGGGUUCAACGCGAGUGAAUGGCCCGACAAGCUUCACUUCGCGUCAAGCGCAAACAAAUUGCACCAGGGCGCCUGCGCUUUGGCCGCGGACUUCAUCAUGAACCAUCCGGACAUAUAUCGCCCGCUGUGA